AUGGCCACGAAGAAUGCGGUAUCCAAAUUGCUCCCCAAGGCUGCCAGACCGGGCCUUUUAUCUCCCCAGAAACCACGAACCCACCGCCUCUUGUCUACAAGUCCCGUCCAGAGUCAGGUGCAGACACUUCUGCAGGACAAAGAGAAUGGAUUUGGAUUUAUACGGCACAAUCCUCGCACACCCAAACCUCGCAGCAAAGGUGUGACGGAAAUCCGAGGCCCAUACUAUUCGUCGUACGGGAAGCGUCAUCUACAAGACGUGUUGGAAACCAUGGGGUACCAUGUCGACGGACUCAAGUUUGCUGGAGGCAGCUUCUCCAUGAUGCCCGAAGAUCGGGUCCGAGAAUUGAUUGACUUGGCUCACGAAUACGACGUGUAUGUGAGUACUGGAGGGUGGAUGGAACACAUCUUGACCCAGCCCGACUCCAACGCCGUGGUAGAGAAGUACUUGCGGAAGUGCAAAGAUCUAGGAUUCGACGUGAUUGAGAUCUCGUCGGGCUUCUUGUCUUUCCCACCAGAUGACUGGUUGCGAUUGGUGGACAAGGUACACAGCAUGGGGAUGAAGGCCAAACCUGAGUUGGGCAUCCAGUUUGGGGCAGGUGGUGACACUGCAGCAGAGGAUCUAGAAGCCACAGGCACAUCCGACCCCAGCAAGGUGAUCAAUCUAGGGAAGGAGUUCCUCGAGGCGGGUGUCGAAAGAAUGAUGAUUGAAAGCGAGGGGAUCACUGAGAACGUCAAGAGCUGGCGGACAGACGUGAUUCAGGCAAUCUUGCGAGACCUCCCGCAGGAGAAGGUCAUGUUUGAGGCCGCGGAUCCUCCGGUUUUCAAUUGGUACGUCCGCGAGUUUGGCAUUGAUGUCAACCUGUUUGUGGACCAUUCGCAGAUUGUGCAAUUGACCUGCCUGAGGUCAGGCAUCUGGGGCAUGGCCGACACGUUUGGCAAGAUUGUGAGCUACAGAGAAUGA